CCGGAGGGGUUCGUGGAGAUGGUCGACCCCACCACGGGAAAGGUCACUCUGAAGAAGAAGCUUGACCGGGAGGACCCAGAUCUCAUUGAUCGCGGAUUUAUCAACGUGGUACUACAGGCCAGGGAGUCCCCGAAGAAUGACCCGGACCAGGCCUGCAGCAACAUCACCUGUGUGAACGGCACCGCCCUGAUCACGGUCAAUGACCUGGAGGACAACGGACCAAAGUUUGAGAAUACCUCCAUGCAGGCCGACUUCGCAGAGAACAAAACGGGAAAUCUGGACCUCACCAUCAAUGUGACUGAUAAGGACGCGACGUUUCAGAACAACUACAUCACACUGUCUCUGGAGGGAGCUCAGAAGGACGUGUUCCAGCUGCAGCAGUCCUCCGGCUCCGGGCAGCUGCAGACCACCAUCGCUGUGGUCGACAAGGACUACAUGGACUACGAAAAGGAGGACCACCGGACCAUCACCCUGACGGUGGUUGCCACGGGGAGCGACCCGAGCUCACCGACAGCCUCGGCCACCGUCACCGUCCACCUGACGGACGUGAACGACAACAGCCCUCAGUUCGCAGCGUCGGAGUAUAAAGCAAACGUCAACGAGAGCUCCGCUGAGGGCGAUACUGUUGUAACUGUUGCCGCUACCGAUGAGGACUCGGCUGACUUUGGAUCCGACGGCAUCAGGUACUCGAUCUCCGGAGGGAAGCAGAACACGCUGCGUAUCGACCCGAAGACGGGCCUCGUCUCCGUCAGCCGGGACGCCCCGUACGAUUUCGACAGAGACAGGGACAGGGUGCUGAAUUACACCAUCACGGCGGCCGACGAUACCGGGACCGGAAACACGGGCACAGUCACACUGGUCGUAGCGGUGCUGGACGUGGACGACUCGCCGCCCACGCUGGACGUAAGUCGCUGGGUGCAGACUGCGCUGGACGUAAGUCGCUGGGUGCAGACUGCGCUGGACGUAAGUCGCUGGGUGCAGACUGCGCUGGACGUAGGCGGCGGCUCGGCAGAGGUUCUGGAGGAGACGAAAGGAGCCGAGGUGCCGGCUCACAUCACCGCCGACGACGCCGACAGCAUGGCGAAACUGGAGUUCUCCAUCGACUGGGACGCCACUAAGGCCUACAAAGACAAUGUCCAGGUGGACCGCACCGAGUACGACUACACAGACCUGUUUCAGCUCUCGGCGGACAGCAGCGGUAAAGCCGCCACUCUGCGGGUGUCGCCGGCCGGGGCGCCGGACCGGGAGCAGAUGGACACCAUCACCCUGCGGGUCGUGGUCACCGACACCGCCACGGAGUCCGGCACAGACCAGGCCGCAGGUGCACCGACAGUGAUUAGUUUGACGCCGCUGCCGCCCGCCCUCAGGUGA